AUGGAGAAGAACGAAGAAGAUACAAAAUCGGAUGGAAAGAAAGUAGGCUUGGUUGGGGUCAAAUCUGCGACUCAGAAUUCUGUAAAAUCUGCAGCCAACGUAGGUACAGGGAAGUCAAUGAGUAGAAUGAAAGUUCGGAGACAGUCUUACGGGUUUAGUGGAGCCGUCACAGGAGUGCAACAACAUAAAUAUUCAGCGCUCGCAACGGAGUUCAAACGACCACCCCUGAUCUUUCAAAAUACAUAUCAAACAGAACCAACCGUUCGGUUUCACGUGCCAAGUGUGAAAAAAUGUAUGAAUGAAGUUUUAGAUAAACAAUUCACUGGCCAUGUAUAUAACGCUUCGGUAUCGCCAGGACUAACGAUAAUCAUAGCCGGAGAAAUAAUGCGAAGCGUCAAAAAGCUAGGUUUCAAUCGCUACCGAAUUAUCUCCGUAGUAACCAUUGCUCAGAAGAGAAGUCAAAGCUAUCAUAAUGCAGUCUCCUUCCUCUGGGACCACGAGAGAGAUGGCAUCGUAAAUACGCAGAGAGAACUCCACACAGCCUUCAUUCAAGCCACCGUUUUUGGUGUAUAUCUCGACUGAUACUUUCAAACUUCGAAUAGCUCCUCGCGUUUG